AUGGCAAUGAAAACCAAUAAAACACAAUGUGUUAUAUGUAAUAAGGAUAAAAUAACAUAUCUAUGUGAAGGAUGUUUGAAAAACUUUUGCUUAAUGGAUUUAACAAAACAUCGUCAAAUACUAAAUGAAGAAUUACAUCAUAUUAUUAAUGAUUAUGAUCAAUUUAAACAAAAAUUUAGUGAACAAAAGCCCAGUCCACAUGAUCUUUCUUUAAUAGAUCAAAUUAAUCAAUGGGAAAUAAAUUCGAUUCAAAAAAUUAAACAAAGAGCAAAAAAUUGUAGAGAAAUUGUCACCGAAUUAUUACAAACAUGCAUUAAUGAUAUUGAAAUGAAAUUUAAUGACUUAAACGAACAACUAAAACAAUUUCAUAGUGAAAAUGAAUUUAAUGAGAUAAAUUUGAAUUAUUUAAGAAAUGAAUUAAUAAAAAUUAGACAAGAAUUAAAUAACCCAUCAACGACUUCUAUUCAACAAGAUUCUCGACCAUUUAUUAAUGAAAUUUCAAUUAUAUCAUUAGAAAAAAAACUAAAAUGGGAUAAAUGGAAACAGAAUGCCAUCACUAUGGCUGGUGGAAAUGAAAAAGGACAAGAAUUAAAUCAACUCAAUCGUCCUGCAGGAAUCUUUGUCGAUGAAAACAAAAAUAUUUUCAUUGCUGAUUAUGAAAAUCAUCGUGUUGUUGAAUGGAAAUGUAAUGCAAAGGAAGGACAAAUCAUUGCAGGUGGAAAUGGUAGAGGAAAUCGAAUGGAUCAAUUAAAACACCCAACAGAUGUGGUCAUUGAUCAACAAAGUCAUUCCAUUAUCAUUGCUGAUCAUGAUAACAGACGAGUGAUUCAAUGGUUGAAUCAAAAGCAACAAAUUCUCAUUAAGAAUAUUGACUGUUUUGGUUUGGCAAUAGAUAAAUAUAGAUUUCUUUAUGUUUCAGAUUGGAAGAAGCAUGAAGUGAGACGAUGGAAAAUGGGAGAAUACAACAACGAAGGAAUUAUAGUGGCAGGUGGAAAUGGACAAGGAAAUGAACACAAUCAACUCCAUUCUGCUACUUUUAUCUUUAUUGACGAAGAACAAUCUCUUUACGUAUCAGAUAGAUACAAUUAUCGUGUGAUGAGAUGGAGAAAAGGUGCAAAAGAAGGAAUAGUUGUGGCUGGAGGAAAUGGUCAAGGAGGAAAUCUCAAUCAGUUGUCUUAUCCUUAUGGGGUCAUUGUUGAUGAUUUGGGUCAAAUCUAUGUGGCAGAUUGGUGGAAUCAUCGAGUAAUGCGUUGGUGUGAAGGGAAAGAAGAAGGUGAAAUUGUUAUUGGUGGGAAUGGUAAAGGAAACCAAUCAAAUCAAUUGAAUCGUCCCUUUGAUUUAUCUUUUGAUAAUGAAGGAAAUCUUUAUGUUGUUGAUUGUGGAGAUGAUCGAAUUCAAAAAUUUGAAAUAGUUUUGUGA